UAUACAAUGAGCUGCUCACACCGUAUAAUACGGUACGAACGUAUAUCUAAUUGCUGUCGUUUUCUCCAUCGCCAUCUUCAAACUAAAUCCUCUCAGACCUUUUUUUUUUUCUUCUUCUCUCUCACAAUCUUUCAUCCCUCAAACCUCCAUAGUCAGACCACUACCUCAAUCUCAACCUCAACCCACCAUUUUUCUUCCUCAAAUCCACCGCCAAUCUCACCAUCUUGUUCAAUGGCAGUCUCUCGCCGGAGAUGACUAAGGUAUCCGCGAAGAAGCCGCAGCUUCCGGCGCCAUUCCCGCCUACACUAAACCAACUCCCAGAUUUGGAUCUUCACUACAGGCCUGGUUCCAGUCGGGCCACACGACGGAGAAUCCGAAGUCCAGCUCGCGUCAGAAGAGUUGUUGCUCCGGUUGGGAAGCGGAGCCGUCCUGAGACGCCCUUGCUUAAGUGGAAGAUAGACGACCCUGGGAGUGGAGCUAAUGGAGUUCAGCAAGAGGAUGAUGAGAAGAAGUUGCCUCUGGAAAGUAGCCAGAGAGCUCGGUUUCGAGGAAGUAAAGGAAGGAAAGUCGUUGUUUCGGCUAGGAAGCUCGCGGCUGGAAUCUGGAGAUUGCAACUGCAGGAGGCGGUCGCUAGUGGAGGGAGGAAUGGCGGCCACCGGAGGACGGAGGAUCUUCUAGGGUUUCAGCCUUCCACUGGUCAUUCUGGCGCUCCAGCUUUCCAUCCUGAUGAUAAGAUAGCAUUUAAUUCUGAAAUGAAUGAUCUAUUACAAAGUCCGCGUUCUGUAUCCGGUUCAAGAAAUGGACUGUUGUGCAAGUUUGAGCCCUCAUUUCAAUAUGCAAACUCAGCAAUGGAGGGGGCAACAAAGUGGGAACCUGCAUGCUUGAAAACACCAGUUGAAGCACGUCAGAUUUAUAACCAAAUGAGACUUCUUGAUCAACAAGGUGCUGUUUCGGCCCUUUCUGCGCUUGAAGCUGAGCUAGAGCAGGCCCACCUGCGGAUUGAGGAACUUCAAGCUGAGCGUACUGCUUCAAAAAAGAAGCUUGAAUAUUUCUUGAGGAAAGUCGGUGAAGAAAAAGCCUUAUGGCGGAGCAGAGAGCAUGAGAAAGUAAGGGCAUUUAUUGAUGAUAUAAAGGCUGAGUUGAACAGAGAAAAGAAAACCCGACAAAGGGUGGAAAUGAUCAAUUUUAAAUUGGUAAAUGAGUUGGCCGAUGCUAAACUAUCCAUAAAGCGGUUUAUGCAAGACUGUGAAAAGGAAAGGAAGGAAAGAUCCUUGGUUGAGGAAGUAUGUGAUGAACUUGCAAAGGAAAUUGGUGAAGACAAAGCAAGAAUAGAAGCUUUGAAGAGAGAAUCCAUGAAAGUGAGAGAUGAAGUAGACGAAGAACGGAGAAUGUUACAGAUGGCUGAGGUCUGGCGUGAGGAACGCGUUCAAAUGAAGCUGGUUGAUGCCAAGGUCGCACUUGAAGAGAAAUACUCACAGAUGCGUAAUCUAGUAGCUGACCUUGAAGAUUUCUUAAGGUUGAGAAGUGAAACCUCAGAUGUAUCAGAGAUGAAAAAAGCUUUACUACUUAGAGAAGCUGCUGCUACUGUGAAUAUUCAAGAUGUCUCAGAAUUUGUUUAUGAACCUUCAAACCCAGAUGAUAUCUUCUCUGUGUUUGAAGAUGUCAAUUUCGGAGAAUCAAAUGAGAGGGAAAUCGGACAGUGCGUUGCAUACAGCCCACCUAAUCAUGCUUCUAAAGUCCAAACUGUGAGUCUUGAAGCUAAUGUGACUGAUAGGAUUGGCAUCCAGAGACAUACGAAUUCCUUUAUUGCUCAUAAUGGUGAUAUAGAAGAAGAUGAGAGUGGAUGGGAAACUGUGAGUCAUCUAGAGGAUCAGGGCUCAAGCAAUUCCCCAGAAGAGAGUAUUGCAUCUGUCAAAAAGAAUCAUCGAGAGAGUAAUGCUUCGGUGAGCGGGACAGAAUGGGAAGGAAAUGGAGGUGGAGACUCACCCCUUACUGAAAUCAGCGAAGUCUGCUCUGUUCCAUCAAAGCAAUUAAAGAAGAUAUCAUCCAUUGCACGACUUUGGAAAUCCUGCUCAAACAAUGAAGGAUACAAACUAAUCUCACUUGAUGGCAUAAAUGCCAGGCUCUCAAAUGGAAGAUUAUCAAGUGCAAGUAUCUUAUCUGCAGAUGGUGGCUCGGUGAGAAGCGGUAUUAGUCCUCCAGAAUUAGCAGGACAGUGGAGCUCUCCUGACUCGGACAACGGUCACACAACGCGAGGGAAGAAAGGAUGCAUCCCUCGCAACACAAUCAAGGGUAGUUUAAAGGCAAAGCUCCUGGAAGCAAGGAUGGAAAGCCAUAAGGUCCAGUUGCGCCAGGUCCUGAAGCAGAAGAUCUAGAUGUUUUUCAAAGGAAGCUUUCAACUGGCUUAGAUACCAUUCAUCAGGCUCGGUUCCUAGCGAUACCAACGGAUUCUGUCGCGAAGGUAAAAAAUGCUAAGCCAACUGGAUGAUCCAUUUUUCUGUUCUGUUAACAUCAAUUCAAGCCAUUAGGAUGUAAUGUAUUCUUAGUAUCUCUUAGAAGCCAUGGGGCCCUCAUGAGGGAGAAAAGGUUGAAUUCAUGUAGGUGACCAAGAUAAUUGAUAUGUUCAUUCCCAUCUUUGUAAUUUAUAAUUUUGCAAUGUAAAAUGCCCCUUCUAAUUCUUUUUUUUUUUUUU